AUGUAAACAAUCUGCUGAGGGUAUAAAACCGUGUGAAUGCUCGAGGAGCUCCAUCAAAAUCGCAGCAGCCGCGAAUCCAAACAGAACGUGAAUUUAAUCUAAAAAGAUGUCCGUAGUGCCCCUGAUGUUCCGUGACUGGUGGGAUGAGCUCGACUUUCCAAUGCGCACCUCGCGCCUCCUGGACCAGCACUUCGGCCAGGGACUGAGGAGGGAUGACCUCAUGUCCUCCGUGUGGAACUCCCGCCCCACCGUGCUGCGCUCGGGAUACCUGCGCCCCUGGCAGAAGAACAGCCUGCAGAAGCAGGAGUCCGGAUCCACCCUGAACAUCGAUAGCGAGAAGUUCGAGGUCAUCCUGGAUGUGCAGCAGUUCUCGCCAUCCGAGAUCACCGUCAAGGUGGCCGACAAGUUCGUCAUCGUGGAGGGCAAGCACGAGGAGAAGCAGGACGAGCACGGAUACGUCUCCCGCCAGUUCUCCAGACGCUACCAGCUGCCAAGUGAUGUCAAUCCCGACACAGUCACAUCCUCCCUCUCCUCCGAUGGCCUGCUGACCAUCAAGGCGCCCAUGAAGGCGCUGCCUCCUCCGCAGACUGAACGCCUGGUGCAGAUCACACAGACUGGACCCUCCUCCAAGGAGGAGAACGCCAGGAAGGUGGAGACCUCCACCGCCUAGGGCUGAAUCCUUUUGUACCGCCUUCAGUGUUAGUUAGUUUAUGUCUACGUGUGCCUUAAAUCUUCGACUCUACCUUUUUUAUAUCAAAACGAAUCUUUAGAUAAACAUUCACAUAA